AUGUCCCCGGCCACAAGAAGGGAGUUCCUCCAAGCUGUCCACAAAGGGCUACACGAUGUGCCCUAUGUAGUGAUCGGGGGUAGCGCCCUUGCCGAGUACGGAAGUGGUCGAGAGACUGGCGAUGUAGACGUGCUUGUGGGGUCUGGCUGCUCGAAACGCUCCGCCGAAAGCCUCCUUAUUAAGCGGACGGAGGGACGGUUGGUCCGUGUUGGACACGGCAAAAUAAUCUUCCGAGCCUCUGAUGGCAACAUAUACCCACUCGACCUCUCCGAGGACCACGAGGUAGACCUCAAUUUUGAACAGGCCAGGGACACUGCCUCGUCGAAAAACUCACCCGGAUACAAGCUCGCAAACUUUGUCUUUCUGCUCAAUUCCAAGGCCCAUGCGUGGCAAACGCGUGUCCCGUUCGAGCCAAAGUUUCACGAAAAACGUCGAAACGACGCCCAAGACAUCAUCUUCUGUCUGGAACGACUCAGCGGCAGACGUGACAUUGACCGCGCAGAACUUUCGUGGGUCUACACCGACGAGUUUUGGAACCAAUUCGUGGAGGGCAACCCGCGAGCUCGUCAACUCUUCACCGCCGCCGGGCUCUGGACCGACGAGACUGUCUUUGUGACCGGCCGGACCAUCAGCGCCCGAUCUAGCCUUUCGAGCUUUGCGAGUCCAUGGACGCAGCCCGGCACGCCGGCUAGGCAGGAUUCGAACCUCAGCCAGCCGGCACGGCGAAAGUCGGUGGGCGACGCCUGA